GAAGAAACUGCCGGCUUUCAAAAUCCUCCUCCUCUUUCGACGCCGCCAUCAUCAGCAGCAGAAGCAGAAGGAGCAGCAGCAUCACCGAGCCGUGGGGAAGGGCCCAGGUGGCCAACAUCCUCCUCCUCCUCCUUCUCAUCUAUCUGCCCCAGCGUUUACAACAGUGCUUGGUGUCUAUUUGAGCCCGCUGAGACGAUGACCAUGGCCUCAGAGGACAUCUCCAAGCUCGCAGAGACGCUCGCCAAGACCCAGGUGGGCGGAGGACAGCUGAGCUUCAAGGGGAAAAGCCUCAAACUCAACACGGCAGAAGAUGCCCAAGAAGUGAUUCAGGAGAUCGAGGAGUUUGUCGGUCUCGAGGCCCUGCGGCUGGAGGGUAACACGGUGGGCGUGGAGGCCGCCCGGGUCAUUGCCAAGGCGCUGGAGAAGAAAGCGGAGCUGAAGCGCUGCCACUGGAGCGAUAUGUUCACCGGGAGGCUGAGGUCCGAGAUCCCCCCGGCUCUGAUGUCACUGGGGCAGGCGCUCAUCACGGCGGGGGCUCAGCUGGUGGAGCUGGACCUGAGCGACAACGCCUUCGGGCCGGACGGCGUGCAGGGCUUCGAGGCGCUGCUCAAGAGUUCGGCCUGCUACACCCUCCAGGAGCUCAAGCUCAACAACUGCGGCAUGGGGAUCGGCGGCGGCAAGAUUUUGGCCGCGGCGCUGACGGAGUGCCACAGGAAGUCCAGCGAGCUGGGCAAGCCGCUGGCUCUGAAGGUGUUUGUGGCCGGCAGAAACCGCCUGGAGAACGACGGGGCCACCGCCCUGGCAGAGGCGUUCGGAAACAUCGGAACCCUGGAGGAGGUGCACAUGCCGCAGAAUGGGAUCAACCACCCCGGGAUCACGGCCCUGGCCCAAGCCUUCGCUAUCAGCCCCCUGCUCCGGGUCAUCAACCUGAACGACAACACCUUCACCGAGAAAGGAGCCAUCGCCAUGGCCGAGACCCUGAAGACGCUGCGGCAGGUGGAGGUGAUCAACUUUGGCGACUGCCUGGUGCGCUCCAAGGGCGCCGUUGCCAUCGCCGAAGCGGUGAAGAUGGGGCUGCACAAGCUGAAGGAGCUGAACUUGUCCUUCUGUGAGAUCAAGCGCGAUGCCGCCCUGGUUCUCGCCGAAGCCGCCGAGGACAAGUCGGAACUGGAGAAGCUGGAUCUCAAUGGAAAUGCCCUGGGGGAAGAGGGUUGUGAGCAGCUCCAGGAGAUCCUCGAGGGUUUCAACAUGGCACACGUGCUCGCUUCCCUCAGUGACGACGAGGGGGAUGAUGACGAAGAGGAGGAUGAAGGGGAGGAAGAUGAGGAGGACGACGAAGAGGAGGAGGAGGAGGAGGUCGAAGAGGAGGAGGUAGAAGAGGAGGAGGAGGUGGAAGAGGAGGAGGAGGUGGAAGAGGAGGAGGAAGAGGAACAGCAGCGAGGCCAGGAAGAUCAGAAGUCAACACCCAAGAAAAUUCAAGGGAUCCAGGUUGGGGAACCUGCACCUGUGAUCUGCUCUCCUCCUCCGGUGGACGUCUCCACGUUCCUGGCUUUCCCGUCCCCGGAGAAACUCCUGCGCCUCGGGCCCAAGAGCCCGGUUCUGAUCACCCAGCAGACAGACACGUCCGAUCCAGAAAAGGUGGUCUCGACGUUUCUGAAAGUCUCGUCUGUGCUCAAGGAUGAUGUGUCGGUGAAGGCUGCGGUACAAGAAACCGUCGACGUCUUGAUGAAGAAGGCCUUCAGCACCGCCACCUUCAACUCUGACGCCUUCAUCACCAGCCUCCUGGUGCACAUGGGCUUACUCAAGAGUGAAGACAAGAUCAAGGCUGUCCCCAAUCUCACAGGCCCUCUAAUGGCCCUGAACCACGCGGCUCAACAGGACUAUUUCCCCAAGUCUCUGGCCCCAGUUCUCCUGGCUUUUGUGACCAAGCCCAAUCACGCCCUGGACUCCUGCCCCUUGGCGCGCCACAGCCUCCUGCAGACCCUCCACCAAGCCUAGGCCGCGGACGGGGCCGAGGCCUCCCCCGCUCCCUGAACUCUUUAUGAACUGGCUGGUCCUUGCAAGGCCCCAGCGGGCUCAGCCUCCCCCCACCUCCCACCCCAGCGCUCAACUCUCCAGGUCUUACAGAAGUUGCUCGGACUGGAGGCUCUCCUCCCCUGCCCCUUUCCCCAAGGGCUGAGUGUACGUCUGUGAGUGUCCUUGUAUGUGUGGUUUGUUGGUUUUUUGUGUGGGUGUGUCCAAGGGUUUUUGUCUGAUUAAGUGGACUUGUUGACCUGCUGUGGGGAAGGCUCUCUGGAGCCUUCUCCAGUUCAUCCCACAGCCCUCCCCCUGGACUCGAGUAGAGUCCACGUGCCCCGACCACGGCCUCGUCGGGAUCGGGGCCACAUCUUCCCUUUCCCCCCCAGCUUGUGCGGCACCUCACCCCCUCAGGCCGGUCCCUCUGUUCCCGAGGGGCGUCGCCAUGCUGGCGGGGUGGGUGGCGUCGGAUUUCGUUUCAGGGUAUGAGGACGAUUUCCAUCCCUUCUCAUUUCUCCCUUCGUCAACCCGUGACUGUCUGAACGUUGCACUGUUUUUUCCUUCCCCUCCCUCCGGCCGGGGACAGGUGUGGCUGGCUGCAUCGGCCCUGGCCGGCUUCCUUUCCCUUCCCACUUCUGCGAGCGCUUGAGCGGAGCCCAAGCAUCCCCACUCCUUCAGGGAGGCCCCAUCCCCCAACACCCUCCAGUCCGUGCUGGAUGGCUGGCAGGCAGCCAGCUGGGGGGCCGCCCCAAGUUACCCCUGCCCCUGCGGCCCUGGGUUGCUGCGCUUUGAUCCUGUGCCUCCAUGCGGCUCCUUUUCCUUUUACUCCGGGUUGGGAGGAGCCGCUGGCCCUUCCCCAACUAGGGUCCCCGCUCCGGCCCCCACCUGCUCCCAACUUCCCCCCCGGCCGAAGAGCCGGGCUUGGACCCACUGAUCCGGGUGAGAGUGGGAAGGGGGGUUAGUCUGGAGGUGGAGGAGGACAUGGCUUUAUAACUCAGUUGUACCAGAGCAUACUUUAGGGCAGCAGCAUAACGACCAAUAAAGUUAACUGGGAAGACCCCCUCCUCCCCUGA